CCUCUGAAACUCAUCCUCAGACUUUCUUUAGGGAACCUGAAGCCUCACAGCUCCGUGUUUCUCUGUAAACUGCUCUAUAAAAAGGUAGGGAUGCUCAAGAAGAGCUCCUCCGUUCAUCCAUUCAUUCAUUCAUUUGUAAAGCUAGUUUGGUGACUUAAUAUCACAUCAUGGUGAUUUUAAACUCUGUCAUCUACUUGUAUUGUUUUUAUGACUUUUACAUCUCAUUCAGCUCUAUAUUUUUUAUUUUUUUUUUGUCCAAUCUUGCUAGAUUUGUGUCUCAUUUAUUUCCAGGUGAACGCUGGGUUUAAUUUAAUGGAGAUGUUGUCCAUCCUCCACUGUUGUGGGGCGUGUUAUGUGGCUGCGCUCUUGUUCUCGCUGGCUCCGUCCGUCACGUCAUUCUCCCGUGGUGCCAACCAGGCCUCCUGUCGGGAAAUGGUUCCCGGUCACAUCCGGGCACAACCCCAGGACCCUCAGCACGGCUUCGUCACCGUGCGUACGUCCACCUCAUCCUACCUGCCUGGACAGUUGGUAACAGUGACCAUUCGAAGCUCUCGGGACUUCAUGGGUUUCCUCCUCCAGGCUCGUGGGGCAGAGCAUCCCUGGGGCAGGGCAGAAGGUAGUGCUGCCGGGGUCAAGAACAAAUCCAGCGGCGGACACAGGCUCAGGGCUACAGGGGGUUCAGGAGGUUCCUGGACCAUCACCCCGCCAAGCACCCGCACCCUGCGCUGCCUCUCGGACGAUGACACCGUCACGCAUUCGGACAAACAGCUGAAGAGGAACCUCUCGUUUGUUUGGAAGGCUCCGGACGUACCAAUGGGAGACAUACGCUUCUACAUCACAGUGGUGCAGUCCUACUUUGUGUAUUGGGCAGGGAUUGAGUCUGAAGUGGUUCACGAUGGCAGUCGUCGUCCUUGGAAUAACACCACAGGGGUGGAUGAAGAUAAAGGGACUCCAACGUCAGAUCUCACAGCCCACACCAGAUCAAUCAAAGAAACAAUCGGGACAUUCAGUCCUGCUUCCACCUUGGGAACUCCAACACGAACAAAAGUCACUCAUCCAGACUUGGAAAUAAACAGCUCUGUGACUCCGUCGUCCACUCGCUUCAUAAUUGAGACAAGAAACCCUCAUAACAUGGACGCCAAGAGCUCUUUUCCGUUAUCAGCCUCUUUAGCCUCAGCUCAGUCUAGAGGAAUGGAUGCUACCACCAUCUCAACAAGUCCUCUUUCCUUGUUCUACUCUCUUGUUCCCUUCUUCCCUCUCAAGGAUGUUAAGAUGUUCAGAAAGGAUCCGAGACUGACUACUGAUCCCGAAACAAAAGACACAACAUUGAAUCAUAAAACCAGCACAACAGCUACACCUCGGACCGCUCACACCCUCCACAACGUGAGUUUGACAACGUCCACAUCACAGCAGAAUCCAAGAAGUCCAAAGUUGGAGACCCGGAGUAUCCCAGCAUCUCAAGUGAGUAUGGUCAAAGAUGAGCUACAGUCUCGAACGUCUUCACCCAAGCCACUUCUUCGGUUUCAAAUGUCUACGUCCAGACUCCAAUCCAGCACAAGUCAGUCCUUUCUGCCCUCAGAGGCAUCUUCAUCCGAGUCCAGAACGUCCUCCCUGUCUGGGACCCUUCAGGCCUUCUUGGCGUCCCACACAACUUCACCAGUUGAUCAGGCAAACCCUCCAUCCAUCCGGCCUCGACAUCAGCCUGAAAACAUUACCUCUUCUGGACCAAACAGUAGCCAAGAGCAAAUGACUCCAUCUCACCCUCAGCUACCCUCACUACAGACCAGCCUUCACCAAGCUCUAAUAGAACGACUUCAGACCAAAGAGUCUCAAUCUGAGAAACCACUCGAAUCUACUUCUCCCCAACCAUGGUCCCUACGUGGGACUAAACAACCUAAGUCCUUCCCAACUCUUCGACCUCUCACUCCACAAUUUGACCCAAGCUUCAGACUUCAAACAAAGAUCAUGAGCCAAAACUUUGUUCUGGUUCCCUCCACCACUCAUCCUCCUUCUGCUACCAACCUCAGUUCUUUCACCUCGACUUUCCAAGACACUAGCACCACUCCUUCUCCUCUUCCUCCUACUCAUCCCUCUGGUGGUUCAACCCCGGUCACCAUGGGUCCACCAAUCAUCAGGUCAACACUGUUCAUCCCUUCCACUUCCUCCUCCACAAAGAUCCAACAUAAAACAGCUCCAGCUCUUUCUGCUCUUCCCUCUCCUUCCCCAAUUUUAAGUCCUCUUCAUUUACCCUCUACUCAGCCUUCCUCUUCUCUCCUGCCACCGUCCACAUCUACUAUUCCUUCCUCAAGCUCCUCCGAGUCCCAAUCCUCGGAUCCUUUGUUUUCUGUCAUUCCUUUAUCAGCUUCUUCUAUUUCCUUUCCUUCUUCUCCCGCUUCACCAUCUCCUGCAUCCUCAUCUUCUUUUAUUUCGUCUAUCAUCUCACCGUCUUCCUCCCAGUCCACCACCCCUCACCCAGGACCCUCGCCAGCUCCCCGUCGAUCUUUUUACAAUCCCUCCACAUCCUCUUCUUCCCCUCUACUCUCCCAGAAACUCACUGUAGGUCAGAGGUUGCCAAUUCAGAACCUCAUUGCAUCAUCUGACCCAGAGUCCAUAUUCAACGCCCCGACACCAAGAACAAUUGUUCACCGAAACCCCAAACCUCCCCCAACUGACCACGAGUUGAAAUCAAAUCUUCCAAACAACGAUGCAAAACCGAAACGUCCUUUCAAUCCUUCUGGACCUCCAGACAAGGAAGGGAAGUACCCAGAAAUUAUCCCGCGACACAGCGCCUGGGAGCUGGGCAUGCUGCUGGGAUGCUCGGCAGGGUUGGGCAUGGUGCUGGUAGUUGCGGUGAGGUACAUGUACCGCCAGGCUUGUGGUAAACGGACCGAGGUGACCCUCAACGACAGGGAGAGAGAGUAUGGAAGAGGAGAAAGAGGCCUGAUCCAAGUCCAGGAGUGUGGAGAUUUGGUCAGAGUCCGAAAAAUCAGAGAGAACAGUAUUGUGCUUCUGGCAGAGUAUGACAUCCUGCCAUCACCCGGAGACUGAAACACUAAAUCAUAUCUGGAAAAACAGGCAUUAGAUACAACCAAAGGAACACAUAUAAAAUGCUGUAGUGGUAGUUUGCCUAGUUUGCCCGGUUAUUAGAUAUUUUUGCACAAGUGGCAUUUUUGUAGCGUACUGACGACGAUGCUGCUCAGUCUGUUGCUGAGUUCCAGAGAAAUAUAUUUUCAUAGCUUCUUGCACCUUUGCUUUAGCCAACAAAUCUUUGUCUUUGCCCGACAAAAUAUCUCAAAUGGUACCAAAAAACUACCAUUUUUUCCCUUUUUACUGUAGCGUCUACAUUUUGACAGAAGCGCCAGUAGCAGAUUGCGGAUUACAAAUAUAAAUGUAUUGUUUUGAGUAUUGAGUAAAGACGAUAGGCAGUUCAUGAUAAGAGACCGCCCUCUAGUGGAAUCACCUGAAAGUGCACAGAGACGCAAGAUAGUGGCGAGAUAAUUGUAGUUGUUGGACUAUUUUAUAAAUGCUCAUGGACAAAUUUGGGACGAAGAAAAAGUUCUUGGUUCAACUGUUCUGCCUCUUUUAUGAUCUGCCGUAUAUAAGAUUUAGAGCUACAGGUGUAUGAUUAUUUUUCUGAAAGUCAUGAUACAAACUGUCAUUGAAAGUCACAUGAAUGUACCAAUAAAUGCAAGUAAAUGUAAUUUUCAGUAUUAUCCACUGUAUUUCUAUUUCUUCUUAUCUCUUGUCGCUUUGUGGGGAGCACUGUUUUUAAAAAGAAAAUAAUUCCUUUUGGUUUGGUUGGGUUUUUAAAAGCAGCACCAGCCCACUAUGGUCUGCUGGCAGGGCCUUUAUAGACUCUGUUUAUUGGUACUUCAUCCAAAUGAUGUGGCAGACGAGCCAUCUGUCCAGAAAUGUUGGGUCAGUGAAAUUAAUGAGCUGACAACACGUUCCAUUUGGUCAGAGAACAAAUACAAGAACCAAAGGACGAAGCGUUCAUCGAGGGUGUUAAAACUCAGCUGAGGUACGCUCUAGUAAUAGUUUUUUUUUCUUUCUUGUAGAUUUUGGAUUUGAAGUGAUUGUGGAAAGUCAUUCUGGUCACAUUAAAGUCACAAAGUGAUAAGAAAAAAAAGUUGGUUUCUUACAAUUUGUUUAAUUAAAAAAAAAAGCACAAGAACAGACCCACACAUAUCCCAGUCACUAUCUUUCUUCCCAUCAUAUAGAACAAGCGGAACAAUCACACUGUAAACAGGCAGAUUGACUGUAAACUCCACUGAUACCAUACUACCAAAGAUAUAUAUUUUUGCCAUAUGUAUUAUUUUCUGUCUAUGUAUAAAAUCACACUCUCGGGUGAAAAUAUAGGCUUUUGCUUUCUAUGUGCACUGAAAACGUUUACCAAUGAUGCAACAGAUACAACUUUGAAAGGUCAGGGUUUCUUCUAUCUUGAGCUUGAAAGAUGAUAAACACUAAACGUCACUUCGAGUCACAAGGUUGUGGCAAAGAAAGGGUAUUUAAAAUAGGCUGAAGGGUUAUGUAACUUAAUGAGCUACAUUCCUGUAAAACAUCAGAGGAUUUUCACACAAGCCGUGAGGGUAGACAAAAAUCAAACACAUGAAACAGAAAUAUUGAGUAUUAUCCAUGAAAAAAACAAGUCAAUAUUACGUAUCUGUGAGGUGUACCUCUAGGAUUACAAGCACAAUUCAAGGCCAAAUUAGAGUCCAUCUGUUCAAUGUACUGAGCCCAUAACUGAAGUGGUUCAAGUCAAAGUUCUGACCUUAAUCCAGUAGAAAUGUUGUGGAACGACCUGAAGCAUCAGCUGAUGAGAGGAAACCACCAACAACCUGGAACUGAAGUUACUGUAGACACUGAUCAGCAGUUACCAGAAAUAUUUAGUUAGAGUAGACUACAACUUCUAGAUAUUCAGAUACUUUAAAACACAAGUAUAAUAUUUCUGUUUCAUGUGUAUGAUUAAGUUCUCUUCCUCUUCUUUCAGGACUUGUGUGAAAAAUGUCUAAGGCAAGAGCCUGAACACUAAAUAUCACUUUCAGUAACACAUUUGAGGUGCUCAUCAACUGGAAUCUCUUAAACACUAGCCCUCAGACACUCAACGGUGUUGACUGACAUUUAAAUGGAAAGUCCAGGGUUAAUCAGAAUUGGUAUGAAACGCAGGAAGAGAAGUCAUGACCCCUUUAAAAAAAAAAAAAAAAAGAUCAUCCACAGGUGAUGACCAUUGUGGUUCCCAAAGGGAAAGUUGUACAGUUAACAGUCUCAUGUUGUUGUGAUGUGCUACAGCUUUGGGUCUGAUUGGUUGUGACAAAAAUUAAAUUAUUAAAGUCUUUCCAAAAACAUCCAAAGGUCUUUAAACCUCAACUUCUGUAGAAUCUAGUAUCGUCUGCGUAGAGGUUUAUAUUUAGAUUGUGUUGUGUUUUUCCCCAAAAUAUUAGAGUUAAAAAAUUUUUUUUUUGCUUUGUAACAGUUCAAUAUUUGACCGGAUUAUAAACUUCAGCACCGUUAUUGGUCCCAGUUAAAAACAGACCAUUGUUUAAGGCCAACGUCCUUGAAUCCAUAUAGUUCUCAAAUAUUUGUAUAUGAUAAAUACAGUGUGGAUAAUUUAGGAAAACAAGGUUAUUUAACUACAACAGCCAUGAUAAUACUUUCAAAUAUAUAUCUAGGCAUUUUAAUCAAAUUUCCUUCAAAAGCACAGAUUUAGCUUUUAACUGACGUGAAAUUAACUUAAUUUACAGUAAAGUUUUGGCCCGUGUUUUUAAGAAAGUUCCUACAAAGAUGAAAGAAAACACAAUAUAAACUAGCAGCGCAGCUCUGAUUGGUUCUGACAACAUCUUAACACUGGACUUUUGUCUGGAGAAAUAUGGUAACAACAAACUACUCACUUAAUUUACGUAAUUAGAGUAUCUGUCUGCAUAGAGGUUUAUAUUUAGAUGGUGGAUCUUUGAAAUCCUUCCAAUUUCAUACUUUUUUUUUUUCCUGUGCUUUGUAACAGUUCAACAGGUGUCCUGACCAUAAUUAUGAGUUUUCUCAUUGGUUCAAGUUAAUUUGUUAUGCAAAUAAUGCGAAAAUAAAAUAUCAUGCUUGUGAAGUUACACUCCCUACCUUAAAGUUCAAGUCGUACUUCCAUCGUUUGGAAAGAUUACUCGUUAGCUCCACUGUUCAAAAGUGUCACCACUGCUUCUCGUCAACAAACAUAAGCGUUAUUUUAUAAAGUGUCACAAAUCUAUAUUAAACCUCAGACAAUCCAACAUAUAAACGUAACAAAUGUCCACCACUUUCUGGCAGUGACAGAAAAGGCAGAGUAGAAAAAGUUUUGGUAACAAAAAAAAAAAAAACCCUAAAAAAAGGAC